AUGCCAGGACGUCAGCCUCAGGAUGUGACCGGAGCAGGUGCGUUCUGGGAAAAGUCAUGGAUGACACUUCAGCUUGUUGCAUCAGCGCCUGGGGAGCUGCAGGGGGAGAUGCAUCGCGGACUGAAGACAUGUGGAGUCUGUUUGCGACAGAGGGAGAGAGACGAGAGGAGGGAGAGAGACGGGAGGAGGGAGAGAGACGAGAGGAGGGAGAGAGACGUGAGGAGGGAGAGAGACGAGAGGAGGGAGAGAGACGCGAGGAGGGAGAGAGACGAGAGGAGGGAGAGAGAUGCGAGGAGGGAGAGAGACGGGAGGAGGGAGAGAGACGUGAGGAGGGAGAGAGACGAGAGGAGGGAGAGAGACGCGAGGAGGGAGAGAGACGAGAGGAGGGAGAGAGACGGGAGGAGGGAGAGAGACGAGAGGAGGGAGAGAGACGGGAGGAGGGAGAGAGACGUGAGGAGGGAGAGAGACGAGAGGAGGGAGAGAGACGCGAGGAGGGAGAGAGACGUGAGGAGGGAGAGAGACGAGAGGAGGGAGAGAGACGCGAGGAGGGAGAGAGACGAGAGGAGGGAGAGAGAUGCGAGGAGGGAGAGAGAUGCGAGGAGGGAGAGAGACGGGAGGAGGGAGAGAGACGAGAGGAUGGAGAGAGACGAGAGGAUGGAGAGAGACGGGAGGAGGGAGAGAGACGGGAGGAUGGAGAGAGACGGGAGGAGGGAGAGAGAUGCGAGGAGGGAGAGAGACGCGAGGAGGGAGAGAGACGGGAGGAGGGAGGGAGACGAGAGGAGGGAGGGAGACGGGAGGAGGGAGAGAGACGGGAGGAGGGAGAAAGACGGGAGGAGGGAGAGAGACGCGAGGAGGGAGAGAGACGGGAGGAGGGAGAGAGACGGGAGGAUGGAGAGAGACGGGAGGAGGGAGAGAGAUGCGAGGAGGGAGAGAGACGCGAGGAGGGAGAGAGACGGGAGGAGGGAGAGAGAUGCGAGGAGGGAGAGAGACGGGAGGAGGGAGAGAGACGGGAGGAGGGAGGGAGACAAGAGGAGGGAGGGAGACGGGAGGAGGGAGAAAGACGUGAGGAGGGAGAAAGACGCGAGGAGGGAGAGAGACGCGAGGAGGGAGAGAGACGCGAGGAGGGAGAGAGACGUGAGGAGGGAGAGAGACGAGAGGAUGGAGAGAGACGGGAGGAGGGAGAGAGACGAGAGGAUGGAGAGAGACGGGAGGAGGGAGAGAGAUGCGAGGAGGGAGAGAGACGGGAGGAGGGAGAGAGACGGGAGGAGGGAGGGAGACGAGAGGGAGGGAGGGAGACGGGAGGAGGGAGAGAGACGGGAGGAGGGAGGGAGACGAGAGGAGGGAGGGAGACGGGAGGAGGGAGAGAGACGAGAGGAGGGAGAGAGACGGGAGGAGGGAGAGAGACACGAGAGGAGGGAGAGAGACGGGAGGAGGGAGAGAGACGUGAGGAGGGAGAAAGACGCGAGGAGGGAGAGAGACGCGAGGAGGGAGAGAGACGCGAGGAGGGAGAGAGACGUGAGGAGGGAGAGAGACGAGAGGAUGGAGAGAGACGGGAGGAGGGAGAGAGACGAGAGGAUGGAGAGAGACGGGAGGAGGGAGAGAGAUGCGAGGAGGGAGAGAGACGGGAGGAGGGAGAGAGACGGGAGGAGGGAGGGAGACGAGAGGAGGGAGGGAGACGGGAGGAGGGAGAGAGACGGGAGGAGGGAGGGAGACGAGAGGAGGGAGGGAGACGGGAGGAGGGAGAGAGACGGGAGGAGGGAGAGAGACGUGAGGAGGGAGAGAGACGCGAGGAGGGAGAGAGACGUGAGGAGGGAGAGAGACGAGAGGAUGGAGAGAGACGGGAGGAGGGAGAGAGACGAGAGGAUGGAGAGAGACGGGAGGAGGGAGAGAGAUGCGAGGAGGGAGAGAGACGGGAGGAGGGAGAGAGACGUGAGGAGGGAGAGAGACGGGAGGAGGGAGAGAGACGCGAGGAGGGAGAGAGAUGCGAGGAGGGAGAGAGACGAGAGGAGGGAGAGAGACGGGAGGAGGGAGAGAGACGUGAGGAGGGAGAAAGACGCGAGGAGGGAGAGAGACGCGAGGAGGGAGAGAGACGUGAGGAGGGAGAGAGACGAGAGGAUGGAGAGAGACGGGAGGAGGGAGAGAGACGAGAGGAUGGAGAGAGACGGGAGGAGGGAGAGAGAUGCGAGGAGGGAGAGAGACGGGAGGAGGGAGAGAGACGGGAGGAGGGAGGGAGACGAGGGAGGGAGGGAGACGGGAGGAGGGAGAGAGACGGGAGGAGGGAGGGAGACGAGAGGAGGGAGGGAGACGGGAGGAGGGAGAGAGACGAGAGGAGGGAGAGAGACGGGAGGAGGGAGAGAGACGUGA